UACACGCGUGUGCCUGCGUGUGAGUGUCGCUCACAACGGCGGAAUAUGUUGAAGCCUCGUGAAGCGUUGCUUGUGGCCCUGUGUUGUGCCUGGGUUACGUCGCUUUCCGGAGAUACAUUUCCUAACAACCCAAAACUGGCUGGUGAAGGGGGCCACUUGGUUAUCAGCACAGCUCAGGGAAAGAAUAUCAGCUUUCGCACAGGGUCGGGGCGUGGUGGUAUCCUGUUCAACGGUGAAGAUGUAGCCGCCAUGUUGGAUACGGUGAAAAAUGCUCACGCAAGACUGGCACCGAUUCUCAGCACGGACCAGAUGGGUGCAUUGUCGAACAUCAUUCCUACUGUCCAGAGCCUACAAAGCCAGGUUCUAGACCUCAGGAAUAGUACAAACUGGCUGCGUUCAGAGGUAUCCAACAUCAAAGGACGAAGACUCCGAUCGCUUCAGCGAAGUUUGGUGAGCCUGAGAACUAGGGUAACCGUUCUGGUGACGGAUCUACAGCGGGACGAAUGUGUUUCGAAUCCUUGCCAACAUGGUGGCACAUGCAUCGAUCUCUUCAAGAAGUACCAGUGUCUAUGUCGUGACAACUGGGAGGGUGCCCAGUGCGAACAGGACGUGGACGAGUGCUCUCGUUACGCUUAUAGUGACUUGGGUUGUCAGAAUGGAGGAACUUGCGUCAAUACUCCUGGAGGGUACAGAUGCCAAUGUCCUGCAGCGUACCAUGGCGUGCACUGCACGGAGCAACGUGACGACUGUGCCUCGUCGUCGUCGCAGGCCCUCUGCGGCCACGGUACCUGCAUCAGCAGAAAGAAUCAGUCGGGACAGGCGGGAUACAGCUGCAUCUGUGACCAAGGUUGGACGAAACGACCCUCCGGCGACGACCCUGCCUGCACGGAAGACGUGGACGAAUGUAGCACAGGCCGACACUUCUGCUCACGUCAGCCGCCCGUUCAGUGCAUCAACUAUCCUGGAGGAUUCACCUGCGGACCAUGCCCAGCGGGAUACAGUGGCGACGGCUUUACAUGUGUGGACAUUGAUGAAUGCCUAGUGAAUAACGGUGGCUGUUCGACUAAUCCUCGUGUGGAUUGCAUCAACACCGUUGGGUCACGUACCUGCGGACCUUGUCCACCAGGAUACGCGGGUGAUGGUGUCCGCUGUAGUUAUGUCGGUCUGUGCUACAAUAACAAUGGAGGUUGUAGCGUGAACGCCAUUUGUGUCGAACACUCGGGAACAUUCCGCGAAUGUCGGUGUCAAGCAGGGUUCGUGGGCCACGGCGUCGGGCCUGCAGGUUGCUUGCCUGCCCCUAACAACACAGGAGUGAUGCAACCUGUCGGACCCAGUCUCAGGGACCCGUGCACUCCUAAUCCCUGCCAGCAUGGUUUCUGUCUGCCAACCUCAACUCCCACAGGUCAGAGUACAUUCCACUGUUCCUGUAGCAGUGGCUACAGUGGUCCACUGUGCGACGCCAUUGUGGAUUCUUGCAAUAGUUCUCCCUGUGAGAACAACGGCACAUGCGUGAACAGAGCGGACGGGUACCAGUGUACCUGCACUGCAGAAUGGACAGGCAUCAACUGCGAACAUCCAAGACAGGACUGCGGCGGGUCGCUCAUCGGUACCAACGGCACACUGAUGUACCCGCUCACAGCAGACACGUACGCGCAUCGCAGGCACUGUGUUUGGCACAUCCACACAAUACUUGGAAAGGUGAUCAACAUUAUUUUUACCAAGUUCAGCUUGGAAGAAGGCCAUGAAUGUGCCUUCGACUUCCUCGAGAUCCACGACGGGGAAACAAUCUCCUCUCCCCUUGUAGGGCGUUACUGUGGAACGAGCAUGAAGGGCAAAAAUCUUACUUCGACGCACACGGUCAUAACACUCUGGCUUAAAACAGAUCACUCCGUAUCUGGGGAAGGCUUUGCGCUCAACUGGACUGCUGUCGAUCCAGUGUGCGGGAAAGCCCUAGACGAAGCCGACGUGGGAUCCGUCCAGUCUCCUGGUUACCCUGGCAACUACCCGUCUUCAAGAGAUUGCUUCUGGACUGUCAGAGUACCUGUUGGGAAGAGAAUACAGUUUCAUUUCGCCACGCUACAAUUAGAGCACCACAACAACUGCAACUUCGACUUCUUGAAGAUCUACGACGGUGCCUCCGAGAAUGACCAGUUGCUUGGUAGUUACUGCAGUACCGGUAUUCCCUCGCCUGUCAUGACGGCAGGUCAUCUGGCACUACUGCACUUCCACAGCGAUAACUCUCAGACGGACACUGGAUUCCAUGUCACCUACGCUUCGGUUCCUGGUGUACCAGGAUGUGGUGGUCUGCUGUCUGGAACGAAAGGACGCUUCACUUCUCCCAAUUACCCAGAGAGCUACAAUCACAACAUCGUUUGCGAAUGGGAGAUCAGAGUCCCCUUAAAUGAACGCGUGGAGCUGACAUUCGAGGAUUUCGAGUUGGAAUCCGGACGGUCAUGUCGAUGGGACUACGUAGAGAUAUUUGACGGACCGGAUGACAGUAGCGAACUGAAAGGCCGCUUCUGUGGAUCCACUGGGCCACAGCACAUCAAGUCUUCGGGCAGUCGAAUGUUCGUGCGCUUCAAGACCGACGGUAGUAACGCACAGCGGGGUUUCAACGCCGUUUACAUCGCAGCCUGCGGUGGCCGCUACACGGAUCUGAACGGCACGCUAAUGUCACCUGGCUACCCGAACGAGUACCAAGGAAACCGAAACUGCAACUACUCGAUCGAAGUUCCACUGAACAACGCCAUACAGCUUACCUUUCAAAUGCUGGACAUUGAGGAAUCCGGCCACUGCCGCUUCGACUACGUUAAGGUUUGGGAACCAUUCAUAAACGGCACGAAUGAACUCGCUAAACUGUGUGGACGCACUCCUCCAGAUCCAAUCACAUCAACCCUGAACCACAUGUACCUCCUCUUCCACUCUGACCACUCUGUGCACCGGCAGGGAUUCUACGCCAAUUAUACGACCAUACCCACAGACUGUGGCGGCGUGCUCACAACAGCUGGAACCCUUCAAAGUCCAGCUACGCAACAGGGCCAGUAUCCCCAUAACUCCCGGUGCAGUUGGAUACUACGCGCGCCACCAGGAUUUGUUGUACGCCUCACAUUCGCGGGGUUCAUCCUGGAGGCCUCCGGCGACUGCAAAUACGACUACGUGCAAGUGGCUGACUCUUCCGGUCACACUAUAGGAAGGUACUGCGGGACGCAGAUUCCACCGGCCCUCACGUCGACGGGCGAAACGCUCUUCGUCAAUUUCCAAACAGAUGGCAACGUAGCGCACGAUGGCUUCCUGUCCACCUUCGACUUCGUCAACGCCAGCAGCAUCUGUGGUCGCGACUACUACCUGUCUGAAGGCGUCAUCCGGUCGCCGGGCUUUCCUGGCUCCUAUCCUUCAAGGCGUGACUGUUCCUGGAUAAUUCACGCACCGGAAGGACAGCAGAUACGUCUUAACUUCACCACGUUCGACAUUGAAGGUCCACCCUGCAGAUACGACUAUCUGGAGAUACGAAAUGGCGUAGAACCUGCAGCACCGAUUGCCGGCCAGUAUUGCGCGCGAGAACCACCGCAGGGAUUCAUUUCCUACACCAACGUUCUCCGACUUCGCUUCGUCAGCGACGACUCUGUGUCCGGAGCUGGAUUCGAGGUCAGCUACGACACGGCGCUUACUGGUUGCGGAGGCGUUGCAUCCGGUACGUCGGGCCACAUCACGUCACCCAACUACCCACAGCCCUACGGUCACAACGCCGACUGCAGCUGGACCAUAAAGGUUUCACAAGGUUCUGUCAUCUCUAUUGUUGUCGUCGAUGUUGAUAUCGAACAACAUGCUGAGUGCAACUACGACUUCCUUGAGCUCUAUGACGGUCCGUCGAUGGCAUCACCACGCCUUGCACGUCUGUGCAACACCCCCCAGAUGGCCAUACACUAUCAGUCCACGGAUUCCACAAUGUUCCUGAGGUUCCGUACAGACGCAAGCGCCGCUGGAAGAGGAUUUCACAUCGCGUACACCGCAGAGUGUAACAACGUCAUAAGAAACAAACGGCGGGGAGUCAUCGAGAGCCCCGGCUUCCCGAACUCCUACGCGCACAACUACAACUGCACAUGGGGCAUUAAGGCCCCCAUGGGACACAACAUAUCCAUGGCCUUCUCUCAUUUUCACUUGGAGACCCAUCCCAACUGCGAUUACGAUUACCUUGAAGUCAACGAGUCAACGUCAGCAGAACACGACGGUCCUCCCACAAGAAAUCGCAACUUGGCCCGCUUGUGUGGGGAUCGAAUUCCUUCAAUUAUCACGUCCACCGGUAACGUCGUCAGAGUUAGGUUCAUCACGGACCAGAGUAACAGCAUGGAGGGCUUCCGUCUCGAGUACGCCUGGCAAGGAUGCGGCGGCGAAUUGCGCAAGACCUACGGUACUAUCCAGACGCCCAACUAUCCCAACGGCUAUCCGCCAAACACGGAGUGCAUCUGGAACAUCCGGUUGACGCCAGGAAGAAGAAUAGAGCUCACUUUCCACGACUUUCAUAUGGAGAGCGUGCACGGCUGCAGUUUCGACUUCGUCCGGGUCUACGGCGGCCCAGAUGUUACUUCGCCAUUGAUAACCGAAUUGUGCGAGUCUGGAAGCUCUUCGCAAGUAGUUACGUCGACGGGCCACACCAUGACAGUUCAUUUCCGAAGCGACUCUUCCAUCUCCGGUCUAGGGUUCAGCGCAACCUACACCACACGACAGGGAGGCUGUGGUGGUAGGUUCAGCACAACGUCCACCACGUUCGUCACGUCUCCAAACUACCCUGCCAACUACGAUGCCCACGACGAUUGCCUCUGGGCUUUGACGACGGCUAAGGGUCACGUCGUCAUGCUCAACUUCCUCGACUUUGACAUGCCGCAGUCCACAAACUGUUCGCAGAGCUAUCUGUUGGUGAGCGAGCUCGUCAAUGGAGUGACUACCCAAAUCCUGAAACAUUGCGGUGGAAGCCUUCCAGAGCCUCCUCUCAUUCGAAGCACGGGCAAUAGGCUCACUCUACGACUUAAAGGGGAUGGCCUGUCGGCAGGACGUGGAUUCAAGGCGAACUUCACGCAAGGUUGUGGAGCUACAGUGAACGUCGAUGUACCCGGCGCUAUUACCUCCUUCAACUACCCACACUACAGCACAUUACCAGGAGCCUCCAACUGCUCGUGGCUUCUCAUAACGAACGUCACCGGCGAGAAGGUGUCACUGAGAAUAACACACAUCGAAACAGCGAUGCAAGAAUGCUCUCGCUCGAGCGUCACCAUACGGAACGGGCCUAAUCCUGAUUCGCCAAUCCUGGACACUUUAUGUUACCGGUCCGUCCCUCCUACGUUCACUUCCACCGGUUCUGCAUUGUACGUACAGUCUAACUCCGCUAUCUUCAGGGCCGUUUACUCUGCCUUCACUGCAUUCUGCGGAGGAACUCUGGAAGGUGAUCAUGGGUACUUUGCAUCGCCUGGGCACCCGUACAGCUAUCCGACUUCUCAAGACUGCGUCUGGACGAUAAAGGCGUCGGCGGGCAACUUUUUCCAGCUCUCUGUGCUGCAACUCGACAUCGAAGCGAGCGAGUAUUGCGGCAAAGACUACCUCGAGAUCCGCGAAACCAACAUAGAUGGCGCUCUUCUGGGGCGUUUCUGUGGUUCCGAUCCUCCAGCAAACCUCACCCAAGCUGCGGGAUUCUGGAUCAAGUUUCACUCCGACGAAGAAGGCACUGGCGUCGGAUUCAAAAUGGAAUUUUCUUUGGUAAGAGAUGUGAGUCUGGAGACAGAGAGUGGCCAGAUCGAGUCUCCGGGUUAUCCUAGACUCACCUGGAUCCACGGUCGCAUCACAUGGACCAUACGUGUUCCACCAGGCUUGUAUCCACGCAUCACGUUCGACAAUUUCUACAUCUUGUCAGAGGACUGCGAAAAGGCCUCUCUGCAGAUUUUCGAUGGUGGAGACACGGAGGCAUUAUCAGUUGGACGGUACUGCGACGCGCAAAACAUCGAACCUCUUCGCCUGCGCACAAGCUUGGCUGUGAUACGUUACCAGUGCACACGUUCUAACGCCAAGUUCAAGCUCCGAUGGGAAGCUGUUAACGAUACCUACUUCCCUGGCAUGGCACAUGAGACUGCAGGUUCGCUCUGUAGUAGAAAUAUCCUCCUCCAUAACGCUACCGAGAAGGCCAACAUCACCUCAAGAGGCUACCCGAGGAUGUACGAGGAAAACGUCAAUUGCACUUGGAUCGUCAUGGCUCCCCCAAAGCGAAGGGCUUCUUUCAAGAUUGAUGCCAUGUCUCUGAGAUCUGGUGAAGGAACAACAUGGAAUUGCUUUGCCGACACACUCAAGGUCUUCGACGUGACUCCCUGGACGAACGGCCCACAACGGCAGCUGCUCCUAUCUUGCGGAAUGCCGUCCACCCUCCCGCCACCUGUGUCUGGCUCGGGACAGUCCGUAAGGGUAGUGUUUGUGACGAGCCUCGCUUACGGUCGUACCAGGGGCACUGGUUUCACAGCUACAGUUUCUUCAGUCUGUGGGGGCAACGUCACAGAUACAUCUGGAGUCCUGGAAGACUCGGACAUUCUGCCUGGUGAAGUCGAUUGUCAGUGGCUCAUCAGUCCAGGUCGGCGACGCAAGUUGAAGCUCACUCUCGAGAGCUAUAACAUCCCUUCGAGCGAUGGUGUCUGCAGGGACAACGCUAUUCAGAUUUUGAAUGGUGGUUAUGAGGACUCUCCUCCUUUGGGACAAGGAAGGUUUUGCGGUACCAGCUCCUCAGAUGUGACCCUGCCAGAAACGACUUCGGAUAAAGCAUUCGUCAUCUUCCGAUCAUCUGUAGGUGGAGCGCGUUUCAGGCUGCGCUGGGAAGAAGCAUUGACCGACUGUGGUGGCAGGGUUGAACUGACCACAGAAAGUCCGCAGCACGAGUUCCAUUCACCAGGGUACCCUCACCAGGGACCUCCACAUAGCACAGAAUGCUAUUGGCUCCUUCAGGCUCCGCCAGGAAAACGAAUCGUGGUUGACUUUCCUACAGAGCUCCACAUGCGACAGGGAUGUCGUAACGAAGGCGCCAUGACAGACUUCGUGCGAGUGUUGGAUGGCGGCACGGAAGUGAGUCCUGAACUGGGCACCUUCUGUGGCGAACAGCGUGUUGGGGGCGUUACCUCCACCGGGAACUUAGUCCUUGUGCAAUUCGUCCAAACGGGUAGCGGUGAUAACUACGCCGGAUUCACUGCCACUGCAAGGAUUGGUGAAUGCGGUGGAACCGUGUGGGGAGGUUCAAUUCCGGAACUAAUCCAGAAGUUGCGGUCAGGUGUCGCAUUCGACUGCGAAUGGCAACUGAUUGGAGCGGUAUCCGGUGCCGGAGUCAGGUUCAGGGUGAGCUACCUCUCCCUGCCAGAGAGUCCGGGAUGCUCAGGUGAUGACUACUUCGAAGUAAGGGAAGGCAACGCUACAGGACCCGUUCUAUCUCGCAUAUGUGGGGCUAAUCAGUCGAUUGACGUGUCGCCGAGAGACAACAAGCUAUUCGUCCAUGUAAAGACAAGGGGAGCUCCCCCGCUAAGCCCGGCGUUCAGGCUUCAUCUGUUUUUCCUAGGGAGAGCUUGCGGGGGUACUCUGGCGGCCACCGAAGGAGACUUCCAGACGCCGGGUUUCCCAGCACCGAUGCCAGUUCGCACUGCCUGCCGUUGGGCCCUCAAUGCAGCUGCGGGACGACGGAUCACCGUGAAUUUCCUGGAGGGUGAUAUCUCCAACUGCGACAGCACACUGACGCUUACAGACGGGAUAUUAACACUGCAAGUUCCAUGCAACACUUCCUUCCCGUACGUGUACGAGUCCUUCACCUCCCGACUUCUGGUAACGAUGCUGUCACCGAGACUAUCCACUGUGCACGGCUUCAGAGCUCACUACGACUCAGCGAAGGAGCUGCCAUGUUACCAGACUCCCGAAGAGCCGAGCGGGACGCUCGUUCCGACAGCAGAAGCUCUGCAAGCCAGACCUUCCAUGUGUACCUGGAGGUUCCCGCUCAGCCCCAAUGUCACUCUGGCUUACACAGUCGUCGGCGUCAACGUCACAGCUCCUAAUGUCGGCUGCAAAGAAGAAUACUUUAAGGGUGACGACGCGAUUUGCGAACGUGGCAAGAGCGGAAGAAGCCUGAUGCGGUACGCUGCCACGGAACUGACUUACGUCAAGAAGCAUUCGCAGCCUUCAGGCGGGAUCAACGCAACCUACAAAAUUAAUGAAUGUGGAGGAUGGAUCAGUGUGCAGGAAACUCCAUCAUUUUUCACCUCUCCCGCGUACCCGGAUCAGUAUACUCGUAACGCAGAUUGUAUGUGGACACUCGACCCAGCCUUGUGGAACGCACAAGUGGAGCUCAACUUUACAAGUUUCGAACUGGAAAACGACUGCUCCAAGGACUAUGUGGAUAUCUUCAGUGGAACGCACGUCAGGUCGCCCAGCAUCGACAAAUAUUGUGGUACCAGGAGACCCCCUCUGCUUCGGGGCAGGCAAUUCGCAGUCAUCUUUCACUCGGAUGGCGAUGGUGCUGCCGCGGGAUUCAACUUUACCGUGUCUCUCUCGGGACAGCCUUGUGGAGGGCUCUUACACGUACGAAACGUGAUCACGCUGGAGUCACCCAGGUACCCAUCAGCCUACCCAGCCAACGCCGAAUGCGACUGGGUACUCGACGGCCAGAGGGGCCAUCGGGUCAACAUCACAUUUACAGGUCGCUUCGAUAUUCAGCAGUCCGCCAGCUGCGCCAGGGACUAUAUUCAGAUUUUCAACGACGUAGACGGAUCUUGGACGUCCCCCGUCAAGUACUGUGGCUUGACUAACCCGCCAACGUUUGUGAGCACUUCCCACAGAGCUCGGCUUCUUUUCCGUUCCGAUGCAAGCUUGCAGGGUGAUGGAUUCAAAGCUGUCGUUACCUUAGCUUGCGGAGACAAUUACACGGAUCCCAUGGGAGACAUCACAUCACCGCGCUAUCCGAACGAGUACGAAGGGAACCUCAACUGCGACUACCUCAUCGUCGUUCCUCAAGGAUCUCACGUCGAAAUCACGUUUGAUCCACAGUUCGACAUUGAACAAUGGGAAGACUGCCGUUACGAUAGCCUCACAUUGUACGAGGGACCGACGGACAGUUCUCGUCAGCUCCUACGCACCUGUGGGAAGCAAGCCCCUGGAAACCUUACGGUGUCUUCGUCCGUCCUCGUCCGCUUCAAGACCGACUGGAGCGUCUCUGGCAAGGGAUUCGCGUUGUUCUACAGGGUGCUCACCUGCGGCGGCAACCUCACUGGACCCAUUGGUACCUUUGGAACUGAGCCGGGUAGUAUUCAAAAUCCAUGCUUUUGGUACAUUUCUGUGGAUCCAGGCCACGCCGUCGAGAUACGUUUCCUCUCUCUGCGUGGAGGAUGGGGCUCCUCGCAAGCCCAGUGCUCUUCCACGGACCUUGUCAGCGGCGUUCUUGUAUAUGACGGAAACGGGACCAGGAGCCAACUCUUGUACGCCUACUGCGGUCGCACAGAUCAAUCACCCAUCACAAUCAGUACUAGCAACAGCGCCGUCGUUGUGGUCGAAAACAGGUACAACCAGCGGAACAACGUCGUAGGAUUCAGGGCUCUUUACAGAGCCACACUGGGCCCUCUUCAGGGCUGCGGUGGAACCGUUCGCAUGGGUGACACAGGUCGUGUCAACGUCCGCUGGCCACAAACGGAUGGAAGCCAGUACCCGCCCGACGUGAACUGUGUCUGGCGCGUCCUUGGAAGUCCAGGAAAGACCCUGCGGGUGAACUUCACAGAAUUCCAGCUUCAACAAAGCAACGAUUCAACCUGUACUAAUGACGUCGUCGAGGUGUGGGACACACUGCUCAGCCGCGACUUCUCCAGGCAACGUUUCUGCGGCUCCACCGUGCCUCCUAGCAUUCUCAUGGCAGGAAAUAUCCUCUCCUUAAGAUUCAGCAGCGACCAUGCCGUGUCCGGCACCGGCUUCAAAGCUGUCGUCACUCAAGAAGCGCCCCUGUGCGGUGGGGAUUUGACAAUAGCGGCAACGGCGAAUGUAGUGUCGAGUCCUGGUUUCCCAUCAGGAGCUGCUUCAGGGACUCAGUGUGCGUGGAACUUAGCAGACGAUGUCGUCAUCCACUUCACGAGCUUCCACAUCCCCUGCGAAAUGGGCGCUUCACUCACCAUCGUUUCUAUCAACCAAGAGGAAAAGUCGAAGACGUUUUGUGGUGACAGCAUACCACACCAGUACCAGACGGUUCACAUGCCUCACAUGAACAGCAAGCGGCGAACCAUUGUCUUCAACGCCGGAUCAGCAGUCAACCAAUCCCGUUUCCAGUUCAACUACAGACGGCCCAUUAGUGAGAAUCGGACAUACACAUCGGACAGCGGCUCUGUCAUGAACUACUUGUACCCUAGGAGCUCGUACCUGGAAAAGCUGCCGCUCAUCAUCAAUAUAUCUCCGGUCACUCGAGGCGGAACCCUGAGUCUAUACUUCCUCCAUUUUACCAUUGGAAGUCCUCACAAUGGAACCUGUGCUAGAGAACGAAUGGAGGUACGCGAUGGUGAAACGACGAGCUCUAGGAUGUUGGCAACACUGUGCGGCCAUGCAAACCCGAACCCAUUGUUUUCAACCACCGACAGGGUCACCCUAGUUGUCGACAGGAAUCGUGAUACGAACAACUGGAGUCCCUACGCGACCUUUAGCAUCAUGUACAUCACCAGCACACAAGGCUCCGGUUGCGGAGGAAAUGUGACCCACACUGAAGGAGCGUUCUCUAGCCCUGGGUACCCCGAUGCCCUCCAGGAGGCCAAGACCUGUCGCUGGUACAUUGGUGUCCCUGGCCGAGAUCAAAUGACGCUGCGGUUCCAGGCCUUCUCACUCAACUCCACCGCCGGCUGCGACACCAAUUACGUGGAAAUUUACGAAGGCAACACGGAUCAAGAUGACAGUUUCGUCGUGCGGUACUGUGGUCAGGACCAUCCGGCACCAUACGAAUCUCGAGGAAACAAAAUUGUGGUGAAACUGGUGACAUCGGGACCACAGCCUGGGCAGGGGUUCUACGCUCUGUUCCGUGCCAACGUUCAAGAAACGCCAUCACAAGUUGAGUACGCGGUUGGAAAUCAGCCGUAAAAUAAUACCGUCAAACGGACAUUGCACAGAUCAUUAUUGUGAUAAUGUUUACCCCUUCAGUUUCACUAAAUCCAUUAUUUCUUUUCACCCCUUUCACCGAACCACAAGCACGCUCACUUUCGCUAUUCAACGGAAGCGCAGCAACUCGUCUGGCCACACAUGGGCAGCGAAAAACAAUGGCGGCGUGUUGAGUCAAUGAGGAUGUUGGAGAGCUGUUUGUUCAGACAUCAGUCGAGUAAUAAGUUAUUUAGAAUGAUACAGUGGUUCUUGCCGUUCGGUACAAGGCUUGAAACUCUCCAUACGUACAUUCCAUAACGUGUGUGUUAGUUAUGACGAAUGCGAGUUCGGAAACGCGGUCAGCAUAUUGAAGUCUACGUGCCAUGCACUUGUGUGGUGGCAGUUAAACCGUUUUCAGGGGUAAGUGCCUUACUUCUGGACGUAAUAUUGUACAAAAUGCGUGCCUCCCUUCCACACAGACAUGGGCAUCAUUUUUGAUACUUUAUAGACGGCCUGUGUUCCUCAAUGCUCAUCAUCUUGCUUGAACGUUUUCAUAUUAUGUUGAUGGCUUCUUUUUCGUUCAAUAAAAUAUGUUUCAUUUGCGUUA